AUGCUUAAAAUUCUACACUUUAGCAAGCUCUCAUUCAGGUUUAUAAAUAAAAGUAUAGCAUGCUUUUCUUAACCCUUUAUAUAAAAAGAUUAUCAAUUCAUUAGUGAUGAUGAAUCUGAUUAUGAAUUUAAGGCUGCUUUAGUAAAUGAUGAAACAUAUUAACAUUUUGCAAAUGCUUAAACAAUUGAAGAAGUCAUUCAAGUUUAUCAAGAAAACAAUUUAACUCCAGAAUAGAUUCAUUUCCCUGUUUUUUAAAUUAGUACCCUUCUUUAAAAGAACUCAUUAGAAUAAAAUGAACUUCUUAAUCAAUUCAUUACAGAAAAUGUCUUACCUAAUUUCGAUAAAUUGAAGCCUUCACAAAUUAUAACAGUAAUGUUAUUGUUGUAAAAGUUGUAAAAUAAAUAAUAUAAUUCCUAAAUAAAGAAGCAUUUAGAGUAGAAUUUACAAAAUUAUAAUUCAAAAUAAUUGCCACACAUAUUUUAUUUCUAUUCUAAGUAAGGUUGGAGGAUGUUCCAUAUAGGUAAGAUCUUAAAAAAUCAACUAAGAACUGUUAAAUUUAAUAUAGUUGGACUUUGUUAAAUUAUCAGAGCUUGUUAUAUAGAAUCAAGCCAAUUAAAAUCUAUUUUUCAUUCAGAUUUAGCAUUAAAAGCUAGUAGAUUAUUAAUAAGUAUGGUUGAUGAUAUGUCGAUACAAUAAUAAAUAGCAGUAUUUAAUUAAUUAGCAAAAAUGAAAUUACAUUUAAGUACAUCAUAUAAAUAAUUACCUUAAUUACUAUAUAAGUUGGCUGAAAUAUUUGUCGAAAAUAUAGGAAAGAUUAAUUUACAUUCUAAAUUAAAAUUAUUACAAUCUUAUUAAAGUUUAACUGAUACUUUUCCAAAUACUCUUUUUGAAGAAAUAUAUAACUCAAUUGAAAUAGAUUCUUUGAGUAGUCAAAAUAAAUUAAGAUUCUAUUUAAAUCUAAAAGAACAGAGAUCUUUCAAUCAACCUAAACCAGAAAAGAUGUAAUAAAUUCUCAAUAAUAUUAAAUUUGAUGAAGUUAAUGAAAACAAUCUCUUGUUAGAAUUUAUAAAUUUAGAGUUUGGAAAACAAAAUAAAGCUUUAAUCAAUUCUAUAAUAUAAAGGUUGAAUAAUGCUUAGAAUUUGAAUUCAAAAUAAAAAAUAUAACUCAUAUAAGCAAUUAUUAAACAAAAUAGGGUUUCAGAAUUUUUGGAUUAGAUAAAAAUCAGUAGUGAUCAUCUUCCUAGAUUAAUAGAUUCAGCUUAUUAUUGUCAUAGGUAUAUGAAUGAUUUACCAACUUUGGAACAAAAAGAAAAUAUAAGAGCAUCUACAGAAUAAUUGAUGCUCAAAUUAGAACAACUUGAAAGCAAAAGUAAAUUAUCAAUAAGCCAUUAUAUUUUAAAAUUGGAACCAUAUCAUGGGGAUCCUUUUUAUGAGUUUAUUAAUAAGGAAAUAAAAUUAGACGAAUUACCUGAAAAAGACUUUAUUCAUUUUCUUUUAAGGUUAAAUAGUCAGAUUCAUUUUAAUCAUGAAUUAAAAUCAAAAAGUGAAAUCAUGAAACCUUCACUUGAUUAAUUAUAAAGUAUAAUAAAUAAUAUUUCAAAUAUUGAUUAUUUAAAUGAUAAGUUGGUUAAAUAAAUAUCUAAAUGGCUUUUCGAUAUUGCAAAUAAGAGUAUUAAUGAUGGAACAUUUGACGUAAAUUAAAUAUUAAAUUUAAUCUUUAAAAUAGUUUUGUAUUGUCCAAAAUAUACUUUACAUACCACAAGAGGAACUGUUUAAUAAUAAAUAAGAGAUUUAUUAAAUUUUAUAUCAACAUAAAUUUCUUAAUAUUAAGGAAAGUUAGAGGUAGAUUUACAAUUAUUUUUUCGUUUUAGUAAUACUCUAUCUAAUUUGGAAGUAAAAACAAACUUAAUCUAAAUCAUAUGUUAGUUUCUCUGUAUAUAAGCAGAUGAUUUAGAUGAUUUUCAAAAGAUUUAAGUUGCAUAAUUAAUAGUAGAUUUUACACCAAAUAAUUAUGAUAAAUUAUCUGUUAUUAAUUCGUACUUAGUUAAGAUUUUAAAAUUAAAAUUGGAUAAGUUUCUUUAUAUAUUAAUUAGUACUAAAAUAUUACUUUAUUAAUUAAAAUUUAAAGAAAAACUUAAUUGUGUAGUAGACGUAAAUGUAUUAGAAUAAUCAAUAAGUUAAUUAAAGACUGAAUUGAUUCAAUUUAAUUUUUCUUUGCAUAAAAAAGAAUCUUAUUAAGAGGGAUUAAUGAUUCUGUUAGAUUAUGAUGCUUGGAGAAUGAAGUACUAAAAAGAAGAAGAUGAUGGCUUGUCAGAUUUUAUAAAAUUACAUUUUUAAAAUCUUAAUGAAUAAUUGAAUAUGAAGAACAUGAGACCAGGUCUAAAAAAAGUAAUAAGAAUUAUAAAUUAAUGUGAAAAUAGAUAUUAAUUUAUAAAAAUAUAUGAAGAUUUAUUUUAAUAGAUGUUUUCAAAAUGUAAAUAAAUUAGAAAUUAAGAAAUUCCACAUAUUUAAGCAUGUUUAGAUUAUUUAGAAUUUGCAAAGAAAUUAAAAUUAUCAAAUAAAGAAAUAAUCAAUUUUCUUAUUGAUUAAAUAUAAGAUUAAGAUCAGAAUUUAAAAUCUACACAAAUAGUUUCAAUUGUUUAAAAAUUUGCUGAAAUGAAAAUUUAUACAAAGCCUCUGUAUGAUAAUCUAAGCAACAUAAUUAUAAAAAAUUCUAGAUACUACACCUUAGUAGAAUUAUUAGAUAUAAUGAAUUCAUUUGCUAAGCUUGGAUACUUUAAUUAGGAAUUAAUUGUAAAUAUAUUGGAACAUAUAUAAGAAGAAUUGAAAAUUCUAGAUAAUGGAAUUGUUAGCGUUUAUAGUCUUUGGAGUAUAUUAACAAAUUUUUAUUAUUUUAUGAAAGAAUUUAAUUAGAAUCUUUUUUAGAGAUAUGAAAGUACCAUUAUGCAUUUGAUGAAGAAGUAAGAAUUUGACUUAUAAAUAAUGGUAGAGUUUCUUCGUUUGUUGAUUCGGAUAAGAUUUAAAAAGUACCUAUAAUAGUCCGUCAAUUUAUGGAUAUUUAUAAUCUGAUAGAGUUCAGUGGAUAUUUGAAUCUACGUAAACAAUUUAAUUAAUAAUUGAAGAAUUAAAUAUUUUAUAAUAAGAACAGGCAAAAUAAAUUGUUGAAAGAGGAAAAGCUAGAGUUUAGUAAAAUUUAAUUGCAAAUCAGAAAUCAACUUAAUAAUUCCGUUCAUUGAUGAAAUUCCUAGAUAAGAAAUAGAUAGAGUAUACAAUGAAUUAUUGUUUUGACUCUUAAUGUGUAGAUUUUUAUAUUGAGUCAAAAAGAAUGAUAAUAUCAGUGGAUAAUUCUUUAUUUGUAACACAUGAUAUGGUAAUCAUAUGAUUUAUAUCUAGCAAUAAUAUACAGGGUUUCAUUAUAUAAAUGAAUGGAUUUUGGAAGGUGUGUCAAAAAAAUAUGAAUUGAAAAAUAUUAGAAUAAAGGCUUGGUAAUGGUUAUAAAUGAGUGAUGAAUAGAAAACAAAGAUUUUGUAAUUGUGA